ACUCCCAGGAUCACUGAGCUCAUUUCACUAACUGCCGCCAGUCCCCCGGGCUGGCUUCCUCUGCCCUACUUGCCACCACCCAGAUACACAGGGCCUUGUGGCAGAGCACAGAGGCGGGGGUGGGAAGAGGAUCCCGCCAGGCCAGGUGGGCGUGCCCCCCCCCCCCCGCAGACCCGCCCUGCUCCCAGCCGCACCAGAGGCCCAGAGCCCCUUUAGUGCCUGCAUAAUGGAUGUCUCUCUUCUUGGAAAUCACCAGCCCAUCCUACUUAAUGACAACAAGAGAAGUCGGAUGCGGGCGCUCUGCUCCUAAGGCUGGUCUCUGCCUCCUAUCCCCCUUGGAGGAGGGGCGGCCGGGUGCUCACGCCGGGAGGAACUGGCUAGGUGUCUUUCUUCUGCCUCACAAAGACUGGAUGACAGCGCUUCGGCUGCCAGUAGCAUGGAGGUGACAGACCGCAUUGCCUCCCUGGAGCAGCGUGUCCAGAUGCAAGAGGAUGACAUCCAGCUGCUCAAAUCGGCACUGGCGGACGUGGUUCGGCGGCUGAACAUCACGGAGGAGCAGCAGGCUGUGCUGAACAGGAAAGGACCUACCAAAGCAAGACCACUGGUGCAGACCCUGCCUUUAAGGACCACUGUUAACAACGGCACUGUGUUACCAAAGAAACCUAGUGGCUCUCUACCGUCCCCCUCAGGGGCCAGGAAAGAAACAGCUGUGCCCACCGCAACCAAAAGACCAAACAGGUCUGUGAGUCUCCUGAAGGCAUGCAGACCGAGUAGAUGGACUCGCAGUACCAUCAAGAGGACCAGCUCCUCCGAGCGAGUAUCUCCUGGUGGCCGAAGGGAAAGCUAUGGGGAUUCCAAAGGAAACCGAAACCGCACGGGGUCCACAAGUAGUUCUUCCAGUGGCAAGAAGAACAGUGAGAGCAAACCCAAGGAGCCCGUCUUCAGCGCAGAAGAAGGAUACGUAAAAAUGUUUCUUCGUGGACGCCCUGUUACCAUGUACAUGCCCAAAGAUCAAGUGGACUCUUACAAUUUGGAAGCAAAAGUAGAACUACCAACCAAGAGACUGAAGCUGGAGUGGGUCUAUGGGUACCGGGGCCGCGACUGUCGGAACAACCUGUACCUGCUUCCGACGGGGGAGACGGUGUACUUCAUCGCCUCCGUGGUGGUGCUGUACAAUGUGGAGGAGCAGCUCCAGAGGCAUUAUACCGGCCACAAUGAUGACGUGAAGUGCCUAGCAGUCCACCCUGACAGGAUCACAAUAGCAACGGGACAAGUCGCAGGCACAUCUAAGGAUGGAAAACAGUUGCCCCCACACGUGCGCAUCUGGGACUCCGUGACACUGAAUACACUGCACGUCAUCGGGGUCGGGUUUUUUGACCGAGCCGUCACCUGUAUCGCCUUCUCAAAAUCUAAUGGAGGAAGCAACUUGUGUGCCGUGGACGACUCCAACGACCAUGUGCUGUCCGUGUGGGACUGGCAGAAGGAAGAGCGGCUGGCCGACGUGAAGUGUUCCAACGAAGCUGUGUUUGCUGCGGAUUUCCACCCCACGGACACUAACAUAAUAGUUACCUGUGGAAAAUCACAUCUCUACUUUUGGACGUUAGAAGGAAACUCCCUUAUUAAGAAGCAAGGAUUAUUCGAGAAGCAAGAAAAGCCAAAGUUUGUCCUCUGCGUGACUUUUUCUGAAAACGGUGACACCAUUACCGGAGAUUCAAGCGGCAACAUCUUGGUGUGGGGAAAAGGUACAAAUCGGAUAAGCUACGCUGUUCAAGGGGCCCACGAGGGUGGCAUUUUUGCACUUUGUAUGUUAAGGGAUGGUACGCUGGUGUCGGGAGGAGGGAAGGACCGCAAGCUCAUUUCUUGGAAUGGAAACUAUCAGAAACUUCAUAAAACUGAGAUUCCAGAACAGUUUGGCCCAAUCCGGACAGUGGCCGAGGGGAAGGGCGACAUGAUCUUGAUAGGCACAACUAGAAACUUCGUUCUGCAGGGCACUCUGUCAGGGGACUUCACACCCAUCACUCAGGGUCACACUGAUGAGCUCUGGGGACUGGCCAUCCACGCCUCAAAACCUCAGUUCUUGACCUGUGGGCAUGACAGGCACGCCACUCUCUGGGACGCUGUUGGUCACCGGCCCAUCUGGGACAAAAUAAUAGAGGAUCCAGCUCAGUCUUCUGGUUUUCAUCCUUCAGGGUCUGUGGUUGCAGUUGGAACACUGACUGGGAGGUGGUUUGUGUUUGACACGGAAACAAAAGACUUGGUCACCGUUCACACGGAUGGAAACGAACAGCUGUCCGUCAUGCGUUACUCACCGGACGGGACCUUCUUAGCCAUCGGCUCCCAUGACAACUGCAUCUACAUCUAUGGAGUCAGCGACAACGGGAGGAAGUACACGCGUGUCGGCAAGUGCUCGGGUCAUUCCAGCUUCAUUACUCACCUGGACUGGUCUGUGAACUCCCAAUUCCUCGUGUCAAAUUCUGGAGACUAUGAAAUCCUUUACUGGGUUCCCUCUGCUUGUAAGCAAGUCGUAAGUGUGGAAACUACGAGAGACAUUGAAUGGGCUACGUACACCUGCACUUUGGGGUUCCAUGUCUUUGGAGUGUGGCCGGAAGGCUCGGACGGAACCGACAUCAAUGCCGUGUGUCGGGCGCAUGAGAGAAAGCUGCUGUCUACCGGCGACGACUUCGGCAAAGUGCACCUGUUCUCUUACCCUUGCUCACAGUUCAGGGCUCCGAGCCACGUAUACAGUGGGCACAGCAGCCACGUCACCAACGUCGAUUUCCUCUGUGGCGAUAGCCACCUCAUCUCCACGGGCGGCAAGGACACGAGCAUCAUGCAGUGGCGGGUCAUUUAGUCCCAGCAGGAAGCGUGGGGAGCAGAACAGGGGCAGGCACCGACUCGUGCUAGGCUCCACCACUGUGAUUUCUGUUCUGUUUGAGAAGUUCUGACAAACCUCAGGAAAACCACUCCCUCUACCAGUUACCUUAGCUUAGCGAAUCAGUGAGCGUCACACCGGAGCAGUGGUUCACGGUUCUCCUUUGUUGUACAGUAUAUAAAACAGUGCACAUUUGAUAUUAAAAAAAAUAUAUAUGCCAGGGUUUACAUUAUGGUGACAUCAACAGAAGUGACUGGUAUAUCCUUCGUAACUUUUCUACGAACCCUUCAAAAAUGGUCACAGAAUGCCUUUUAAAAUAUUGUACAUAGGCUUUACUAUUUCCCCAUCUAGCUCGCUAAGGCAAAUAUUUAUGAUGAUAAUGAGGUACUGAAUUGUGAUCGCUAUUGAUUAAUUGGUCCUAAAAGGAUAAAUCGAUGGAGAAGAGCGUGGAGGACUGAUUUGCUCAGGUGAAUCAGGAAAUGCAAAUGUGACUUUAUUUGGUUUCAUUCUCUAAGGGUUCAUUCAGUCCUCCUGGAGGGAGGCUGACGAGAAAGGGGUUGUAUUCUUCUUGUGUUAAGCAGAUUGUACUCCAGAUUAAUUUAAACAUUUCAGCAGGGUACGCAGGCACCGUAGAGUUUCAGUGAUACUGUCUGCCUAACCCAGGGCAGGCAGCCGCUUCACUCCCUUCUGUCCCACGCUCACGUGCCCGGAAGAGUGGUGGAGACAUCUAGCCACCUUCUUCUGUAUAUGAGUUGGCAUGAUCUGGUAUUGUAUAGGAUUGUAGAAAUUCAUCAUAAAGAUGUAAGGCUAGGCUUUACUAUUUUAUGCUUAUGGACAUUGUAUAUUUGUAUUUUAAGACCAAGUAGACCAAGUCGAAAUGGUAUCUCUUAAGUGUACAAUAAACCUGUGGCGGGGAGAAGUCUGGGAGGCUCCACCGGGUACUAAGGGCAGCUUCUUUUCCUGUCUUUUGUGCAUGGAUGGCUCACUACACUACAAAAUAAGAUUGCGUUCUGAUGAGUAAAACGGAGAUGGCAUACAUUUGUGAAGAAGGCCUUAUCCAUUUUGAUUGUGUGACAGAUUGAAAUUUAUUGUUUACAUUGGGGAAUGUAUCUCAGAUUUUAAAAUAGAAGAGUAAUAAACAGACUUAAAAACAAACACUAAGAUUUCUACUUGUUCUGGGCAAGUAAAUGAAUGGAAUUAUGUGAACUCCAUGGCGCUGGUUGUUUAGAGUGGCCGAUUAAGCACAACUUUUGGAAGCAUGUUUAUUCCAUCGCCAGCCUGCUGAGCAAGUUGUGGGACACCAGUAGGCACGUGUAUCAAAGAUGAAUCUGUUUGUAUGUAUCCUUAUCAAAUAUAUUCUAUAAUGAAAUUAAAUCUGAAAAGGAUUUCUUAUUGACCUAUAAUCAUGAAAAUAUAUAAAUUAAAAUAUUUAAAAUUAGAUAUGAUUCACACUAUAUUCUGUUUCAUAGACAUAUUUUUUGUUUUCACCUGGGUCAUUUGCAAAUGGAACUCUAGCUUGCA